AUGGCAUGCAGACUCGCCACUUCGCGGCCCCUCGCUGCGCCGCCCGCCCUUGCCAGCUACCCGCGUCUUUUUCACAGCUCGCGGGUGGUGCGGCACGCCGGCAAGAUCAUCAUCCCCAGGCUGGCGGGCGGGCGGUCGACGCAUGCCGGGGGCGGCGUCCCCGCGGCGUUUGCUUCGCCUUCGCCCCCGUCCGCGGCCACCCCCUACCGCAGCGAGUACCGCGAGAACAACCGACUGGGCCCAGAGGUGGCGCAGUUUCUCGACGCGGAGGCUGCCGAGACGCUGCGGCGGCAGCAGCAGCUCGACCAGUUCCGUACGGCGACGGACGCGGCGGUGACCAAAGUGUGGCGCGACUCCAAGAGCCACCUGCGGCGGCAGGAGAGUCUCGUGAGGGAGUUUGGGGUGGAGGGGGCGGUGAGGGAGAUGCUGCAGCCUACACGCACGUCCUUUCGGCAGGAGCUGCGCCAGCGGCCCUUGGACCGCGGCAUCCUUGAGGAGAUCUACAAGGGCCUGCACGGACGCCGCAUCGAGCGGCGGCUGAAGAGGGGGGUCUCCUGGGAGCAUUGGAUCACGAAGGGCGACGGCACCGCCCCCGUCUUCACCGCCUCGCGAAAGGCGCAGCAAACCUUUGCGUUCGGCGGGACAGUUCGGCUUGCCGCCAAGGCAACACACGCCAAACAGUUUCCUGUAAUCCUCACCGCUGGAGGCCGUGGCGGCGGCGGUGGCAGCAGUCACACGGAGUUGGGCGAGGCACGGCGGUGUGUGCCGGAGGUCGCCUUUGUGGGGCGGACCUCCAGCGGAAAGUCAUCCCUGAUCAACGCCGUGCUGAACGCCUUGAUUGCGCCCUACGGCCACCUGCAGGGCACCACGAGCUCGGUGAACUUCUACAACGUGGCCAACAAGGUGGUGCUGGUGGACUGCCCUGGCUACGGCUACUACAACCCCAUGGAAACCCCCGCCGGGGACGCCGAGAACGCCGUCGCCGUCAUGCGUGCCUACCUCAAAGCCUGCGGCCGGCACUCCACGGAGACGACGACGACGACGACGACGACGAGGCAGCAAAGCAAAAAGGAGACGGCGAAGGCAAAGGAGCAUGCAAGUGGUCGUGCUGCCUUGCAGGGACGCCCCAUCAAGCGUGUCUUUGUCUGCGUCUCCUCGCGUGGGCUGCAGCAGGUCGACAUGGCCUACCUGGACCACCUUGAGAGCCUGGCUGUGCCCUUCACUGUGGUACUCACAAAGACUGACGCCGCUCCCAUUCGCUUCCUCGCCCGGCUCGCGGACCACACGCGCUGCCAGCUGGUCCACUACAAACACUGCAAGGAGCUUAUGCUCACGAGUUCGUUGCGGCUAGCGGGCAUUGAUAAGGUGCAAAACCUGAUUGGCAGCGUCGCACUUGGCGAGGACAGGCUCCACGGUGCAACAGCAGACUUCAGCUCCAUCGUCUGA